GGAAGGGGGGAAGGGGGGGAGUCCUCCAAUUUCAUGGACUCCAUGGGCUCCACCUGAACUCCACCUGGGGGAUCUCUGUGGCACAGAUCUUCGUCCACCAUCGUCAUUGACAACGCCGCCAGGGCGGGGGGGCAGCAACCAGAACCACACCCCUGCCGUCCCAGCACCGUUGCCAAUAGCCGUCAUCUCUCCCGCCGGCUCACCGCCGAUGUCGAUGUCAAUGCCAACGUGUUCACACUCCGCAACCCAGCCAGCUCUAAACAAGGGGGGGGCACCCCCGUCGGCAGAAUUGGCACCCUUGUCCACACAAAGUAACCCCGGGGGCCGCCGUAGCAGCAAGGCAGCGGGCAACCCAUACUGCCACAGCCACUGCCGCCGUCCGGGUGUCGCCUUCCUCCAAUGCCCAAUGCCGAUGCUGCCGACGCCGGCGCCGACCACCAAGCCAGGCCGCCACUGGAGAAAAAACGUUCCAGUCGGCCCCAUCCGAGGCCAUCCGGAGCCCUCCUUACCUCCCUAGGCUGGGGAGACACCCUAUCACCCGAGCGGGGGACCCAAGAUCUCCACAGGGUCCCCCCUGGCUCGAGCCAGCCCAAAGGGCUCACCGCCACCGACGGCAAUGGCAUCAACGCCGCCACCGUCCACCUGGCCACCGGACCAAGCCAGGCCGCCGGCGCCAGCAGAGAGAAUCGCUGCCAGAGAAAAAACACUCCGGGCGCCUCUCCCGAGGCCCGGGCAGGGGACCCAAGAUCUCCAAAGGGUCCCCCGAGCCGGCCUGAAAAGGCUUGCCACCAUUGCCGGUCAUGCCAACGGCGCCGCUCACCCGACCGCUGGACCAGGUCAGCGCCGCCGGGGAAAAUUGCUGCUGGGGAAGAUCGCUCCAGGGCUCCUCCUGAAGCCGCCCGAAGCCCACCUCGAAUUACCUGGCUGAGGAGACAGUCCUUCACGGGGACCCAAGGUCUCAAAAGGGUCCCCCCUGGCCUAGACUGGUCGAAAGAGGCUCACCGCCGCAUUUCUCAAUCAGUGGCGUGACGCCAUCUUGGACAUGCGCAUAGAUAGCCACCCAGACAAAGAACAACAUAUCAGGUGUGGGUUGUUGUUUUUCAUAAG